AAAUUUGUGUGUGAAGGGAUGAAUAGACCAAUACCAAAUAAUUAUUUAAAUUUUAUUAAUUCUUUAUCACCAUCAAUCAGAGUUAUAAGUUCUAUUACAAUUGUUGGCUACUUACUCUCAUAUUCAGAAACUGCAGUUCAGGCUUUAUCUGUAAUACCUGGAAAUUUACUUCCAUCAACAUUCGCAAUAUGGACAGCAUUCACAUUUUGCUUUUUAGAAUUUCACAUUUGGGAAGUUAUUGUUGACAUUGUUGUCGUAACUUUAUGUCUAAAGUUAAUUGAACCACUAUGGGAUCAAAUUCAAGUAAUGACGUUCUUUGCUGUGGUCAACUUGAGUGUUGCUGUUCUGUCCUCCUUCUACUAUCUUUGUCUUUAUUCAAUAACAAAAAACACUGAGAUUUUGUUUGAAGUUAAAAUCCACGGACUUAUUGGCUUUCUAGCUGGAUUAUGUGUAGCAAUAAUGGCAAUCAUGCCAAAUCUUCUCAUUGCGAGAACACCUUUUGGAAAUUUUACAAACAGAAAUAUUCCUAUUACAUUUAUGGCGUGUUCAAUACUUCUUUGGGCUUUGAAUCUUAUUAGUGGACAGUACUCUGUCAUGUUUUGCAGUGGAUUAGUUUCAUCAUUUAUAUAUUUAAGAUUUUAUCAAAGGCAUGCAAACGGAGUUCGAGGAACAAAUGCUGAGAAUUUCACAUUUGCAAAUUUCUUUCCAACAGCAACUCAACCAGUUAUUAAUUUCAUUGUUAAUCCUAUUUACAAAAUGAGCUUGAAUAUUGGCCUUGUCAAACAUCAGCCAAUUUUUCCUUUAAAUCAUCCUAGUUCAAGUGAUAUUCGUUCCAUGACAAUGUCGAUUUCACCAUCUGAUCAACAAGAUAAUGAACGAAGAAGAGCCAUAGCUUUAAAAGCUUUAAAUGAAAGAUGGAAGGCUUUGAAUUCUGACCCUCAGAAAUCUCAAUUACCGAAGUCAUUUCCUCAAACAUCAUCAAUGCAACAACAACAUCAACAGCAGCAGCAACAUCAAGCUGGUUUUAGUCAUCACGGUCACAGUCAUGAGAGAAAAGUUAUUCCAAAGUUUAAUAUUGAUGAAAUUAUGAAACCAAUUCCAAUGCCAGCACCUCCUGGAAUGAUGUCAACGUCAGAAACUACGCCAUUGUUUGGACCUCCAUCCACUUCUUCAAAUGAUUGAUAAAUAAAAUUAUUGUCAAUUAUCUCAUAAUCCUAAUAAAUGAUUUUUUUUUUGUUCUUUUUUCAUUAACGAAAGUAUUUUGAGCUGAUUAGCUGAAAUCAUGAAUUGUGAAUUUUCUGAUGUAAAUAAAACAUUAAACUCGAAUAUUUAAA